AUGCCCCGCAUUCACAGUGCUUCAUGUCGACUGCCACCGGCAGCGCUGUGGGUGGUCUGGGUUUUUACCUCAUUCCAGCUGUGCAGGCGGCAGUUCUCCAGCGUCUGGCAUAGUGAUGCCAUGAUACCUCGUCUUGGACGGCCUGGACGGGUGGCUGGGAAGGUCCGUCGAUGUGCCCAGGCAGUGCAACCUCAACCAACAGCUUCCGGUGAGCCUGUUGUGCUUGAUCGCCUGUGCCGUGGGUGGUCCAUCCACCAGGUGCGCAGCGGCUACCGCUUCAAUGGCGACGACAUCCUGCUUGCGCGGGAAGCCUGGCGUGCAGCCCCCAAAGCGCGGCAUCUGCUGGACCUGGGGGCGGGAACUGGAUCGGUUGGCCUCUUCUGGCUUGCCCAACAGCCAGACCAGUCGCGCCUGACAGCUGUGGAGGCGCAGGAGGAGAGCACCGAACUCAUGAACCGAAGUGUGCAACUCCUGGGCUUGCAGCCACGAGUUCGCAUCAUCCACGGGGAUCUGCGGGAUGAAGGCAUCGUGCAGGGCUUCCGGGCGCAGUUCGACUUGGUUACCGCCAACCCGCCGUAUAUCCUUCCUGGAGACAGGAAGCUGCCGGCCCACAGUCAGCGCAGGUAUUGCUACUACGAGCUGCGGGGUGGGCCCCGUGAGUUUGCCCAGACUGCAUCGAGGGCGCUGACCGAUGAGGGCAAGUUCUGCAUGGUGCACGUUGCCUCCCGCAGCUCGGAUGUGGACCGAGCGCUGGUGGAUGUGGGCCUGAAGACGGUGAGGCGGCUCACUGCAUUCUCAAGAGGAGAGCCGAAGUGGCAAGUGCUGGUUUGCAGCCGAUCGCCUUCGGAAACUGCAGUGGACGAAGAGGAGUUGAUCGUCCGAGACGAGUCGGGGAGGUGGACCAAGGAUUGGGACGCGAUCUGCCUUGAGAUGGGUGCCUUUCAGAAGCUCGAGUGGAAAGAGCAGGAAAGGUUGUCGUGGCUUCGAGACCGGGAUGCUUUUGCGGUGGCAACUGCGCUGGUGCUGUGCACGGGGAACAUUCACAUCGGCCUGCUUCUUCUCGGCAUCUUAGGCUUGUACUCGCAGAGACCCAGCAGGGUGCGCUUUCUGCUGAGCUUGCCCGUCGCGUACGUCCUUGUCUUUCCCAAGUGGUGCAGGGAUGAGUUCAUCUCCAGAUCGACAUGGGAUAGCUCGUACCUUCGUCGACUGGUGCUCCGUUGCGUACCGGUUCUGCAGAAGCCACGCUUCGAUGGGAGCCUCUCUUUCCGGAAGCACAUGGUCGCCUACGACUGGGGCUCCGAAGACAGGUGGGUAAAUGUGUACCUCGAGGGGACGGAGAAGGAUGAUCUGUCUAAAGUCGGUUUGUGGGAGCCGGUGCGGCCGGCUGUACUCCCACCGACACGCACGCAGGAUCAGGGAGAUCUCAGCAACGGGACUGCAACCGGCGCAGGAGCUGCGCCUGACUCCAGUCUCUCCGGCCUGGAAGGAGCGCUCGCGGUCCUUGUGGAGCGUGUGGGUGGAACACCUCCGAGCCUGACGUCCUUGGAGUCUCUGCAGAGCAUUCGCUUGGUUGAGCUGCUGCGGCGCGAGCUGGGAAUGGUGGCUACCUCGGCCAUGGUCCUCCGCUGCCCGGACGUCGAGGCCCUCGCCCGAGCCCUCCAGGAGGCAGAGGGGCCCAACGCUGCCAGCCAGGAUGGUUUCCAGCCAGACGAAGAGGGUGCUUACAGGUUAUACUUCAUGGAGUUUGGGAAGUCUCCCGUGGACUGGUGUGUCCGAUAUGGGGGCCCAGGCCACCUCGACCUGGAUGCCCUUCAGAGAGCCUCCGAUCGGGUGGUGGCCCGGCACUCCGCCUUGCGCACGACGCAGAGCCGAGACGAGGCAAUGCGAGAAGCCAUGGACCGUGCUGGGGCAAUGUGGCAGCUUGUUUGCUCCGCCUACGGGACUUCGAGCUGGAAGUGGUCCGCCGCUCGCAGCAUCAUGGGUGCCGUGCUUUUUGCUGCCUGGCCGCGGACGAUGCUGAACUCCCCAGAACAUGCUCGGGUCCAGGUUCGACUGCCAGAUCCGGAGCUUGUUGUCCGGGAUCCAAAGUACGUCAAUCUCAGUGAUGCUGAUUACAUGUUCUGGAUUGCAGCACCGCUUCGCAAUCAGUAUUGGCCCUAUCAGAUCUGUGCCGUCCCAGUGAUCCGGAAAGGCACCCUCCCCGCCGGGAUGCCUGUGGCACAGGCCGCACGCACGUUGCCGCCGGAGGAUGUGACCUGGUUCAUUCAUGCCGGAAUCACCCACGCGUACUCGGAUGGGGCAUCGGGCAAUGCUCUCCUGACGGACUUGAUGCGCAUCUAUGCUGAGGAGGCAGGGCUGUGUGCCCGACCGCCUGUGGAGCCGCCUGCUCCACCAGAGCAUCUGGCCCUGCUGCAACAUCGGUUGAGGCGAUCCCUCGUUGGCCGGCUGAGAGGGGAAGACAAUGCCAAUGAUGACGUGUACCACGAGAUCGUUUGCGAAGACUGGGGCAGACGGCCGGGCUUCUCGAAGAGAAUAAAGCUGGAACCCCCGAUCAUGAACGCUUUGCAUGUUGCCGCCUCCAGCGUGAUCGGCUGCAGUAUCGACAUUGCGUGGCUGGCGGCUGUUGUUGGCAGUCUUCUGCGGCUCUUUCCGGACCAGCAUCGCUUCCAGCUGAUUCUGAAGUGUGCGUGCCGUGAUGGGCCGGGACAGAAUGAGAUGGUGGGUUUCCUGUCAGAGCAGCGCGUUUUCCCAGUUGAUGUCGGAGACUCCCGCCACGCGACCUUGAUGGACGUGGUCUGCGCGAUCGAGAGUGUCCGACGUGCUCGGACAUGGCGAGCUCCGGUGCCUUUCGAGGCUGGCAUUUGUGUUUACGUGAAUAUCGUUGGAUCAAUGACGGAUGGCCUACCCGUGGAGUGCUCGCAGGUCGUCCGAGCUGCGACAGGAACAUCCAGUCAGACCGAAGCAUACGCGCACCUGAACCUGCGGCUUGAUCAGCUCUCACAACGAGACUGGGACUUCCGGAUCUUCCACUGGGACAAAGCAUGGGGCUGGAGCUGGUGCUCUGAGUUUGCUCCGGUGCUGGCAGCUGUGAUCGCAGACAUGGCAGAGUGCCCGCUGGAACCCCUGGUGCCUGCGCCGGUGUUGCCUUGGCGCAGGCUGCAGAUGCAGCCAGACCCUGCAUCGUCCAAGCGCAAGGAUCCGCCCAGUCCUCCGGACAUGGCGCCGCUCGCGCGAAGUUCAUCGACACCUCCACCCAAGGAAUGGAUUGGCAGCUGCUCAGCGGAGGUGUACGUCGACCACUCUCAGCCCACACUCACCUACGAUGACUUCGUCAACAAGGAGCUGGUUCUCUGGGCCAAGUACGACGUGGAGCGGGCCAUUCCGAGCCUGGUGGACGGGCUGAAGCCCGGCCAGCGGAAGGUCCUUUUCGGAGCCUUCUUGAAGAAGCUCACGCAAGAGAUGAAGGUUGCCCAGCUUUCGGGCUUCGUUGCCGAGAAGAGUGCGUAUCACCAUGGUGAGACCUCACUUCAGGGAACCAUCAUUGGAAUGGCGCAGCACUUCGUCGGGAGCAACAAUGUGAACCUUCUCCAGCCAUGCGGGCAGUUUGGCACGCGCAACCAAGGGGGCAAGGACCACGCCGCUUCCCGCUACAUCUUCACGAAGCUGUCACCUGCUGCCAGAUGCUUCUUCCCUGCAGAGGAUGAUCCUGUCCUCGAGUACCAGUCCGAGGAGGGCCAGCGCAUUGAACCUCGGUGGUACUGUCCAGUGAUUCCCCUUGUCCUCGUCAACGGAGCUGAAGGCAUCGGCGUCGGCUGGAGCACAGCCGUGCCCAACUACAACCCACGUGACCUGAUCGCAAAUGUCCGCCGCCACCUGCGCGGUGAGCCACUGGAGCCAAUGACCCCCUGGUACCGUGGAUUUCGUGGAGCCAUCACUGCAGUUGCAGACAAGUCUGGUCGCUUUGAGACUGUCGGAGUGGCGCAGAGGCAUGGAUCGACUCGCAUCGAAGUCACAGAGCUACCAGUGAGGAAGUGGACCCAGGACUACAAAGAGUGGGUGCUAGAGCAGAUGCAGGCUCAAGCCGGCAAGAGGGCUAUGAUCUCGGAGUUCCGCGAGUAUCACACGGAGAAUACUGUCCACUUCAGCCUGUCCAUGCUACCUGACAAGGUGGCCCAAGCUGAGCAGCGCGGACUGGAGAAGACUCUGCACUUGAAGUCCUCGCUGUCGACGACGAACAUGCACCUCUUCGAUGCGAGCGGACGAUUAAAGAAGUACGAGUCGCCCGAGGACAUCCUGCAGGACUUCGCCAAGGUCCGUAUGGAGCUGUACGCCAAGCGCAAGGAGCACUGCAUCGGGAAGCUGUCCCGCGAGGUGGCCACGCUGACCGAUAAAGCAAAGUUUAUUCGCCUGGUGGUGGAUGGCCAGCUAGAGGUUGCCGAUCGACCUUCUCGAAAGGUCUGCAACGAUAUGCGCCGUUUCGGACUCCGGACGAAGCAAGAGAUCGAGGCUGGUGUUGAGGAGAGGUCAAACUCUUCAGGCUCUUUUCUCACUUCGCCCAGGAGGCGCUUGCGGAGUGUGAUUGAUGUCAUGGACGCCGACGUGGAUCUGGCAGGGCCUCAAGGUUACGACUACCUGCUGAAGCUCAAGCUGUGGACUCUCACAGAGGAGCGUCUGGCGGCUUUGGAGCAGCAGGUCGAGGCAAAGAACCAGCAGCUGGAGGAGCUGAAGGCGACGACCCUGGAGCAGUUGUGGGAGAAGGACCUGGUUCGGCUUGAGGCUGCGCUUGAUGGUGUGGAGGCUGAAGAGCGGAAGGAACAGCAAGAGGCGGUCCGAUUGAUGAAGAAGGCCGGCUACUUCGAGGACGAUGCCUCUGUGAAUCGUCAGUGCGUUCUGAUUCUGAGUGAUGGCUUUUCCCAGAUCAAGCGCAUCCGCACCGACCGCUGGAAGGGUGCUCGACGCGGCGCUGGGAGAUCGAUCGCCCAGGCCAAGAAAAAGAAGAAAGCAAAGGAUGCACCGGCAAGCGGAGACGAUGGAGAGGGGGAGGACGUGGACAUGGAUGAGGAUGACUUGACGGACGCAAUCAGUGCUGCCUUUGCCUGUCGGGAAUUCGACGCCCUCUUGGCCUUCACGCGCAAGGGGAAGGUCUUUCGGAUGCAGGCGCUGGACGUUCCUUUGAUGCAUGGCAAGCAGAGCUCGGUGCCCAUUGCAGAACUGGCGCCGAAGUUGCCAGACGACGACUGCAUAGCCUCAGUCAUCGUCGUUCCCCACGGUGCACUGAAGGACCAAGGCCACGAGUUCGCGGUGACCGUCACCGCCAAUGGCCUGGUAAAGAAGAUCCCGCUGUCUUGCUUCCGUGGUCUGAAGGACAAGCAGGCCGUGACAGUGAUCACGUACGGGGACGUUUUCCAAUGUGUAUCUUCAUGCAAAACGUAUCAACAGAUGAUCAACAUGAGCCAUGGUGGCAGCGGCAAAGCCUUUAUGACAUUUUACUAUGUUGUCUAUGGCGCGCAUCAGGAUCUCCUCGUCAUGACUGCAAAGUCUGGCACCACUCUGUGCACGUCCCUGUUGCUGGGCACCUAG